AUGGCGCUGUUUCUAGGCUUUGUCCUGCUAUUUUUCAUCCAACUUUCUGGCGAAGGACUCUUUGAAAACAAUACCACACGGUCGCAGGGACCAGGGAGAUCAAAAUUCCGGUCGGUCGCUAUAAAAUCUGCAGGUCCAGAAGAGAACGACAAACUGCUGUCGUCGUACGACGCAUGUCCUCGUUAUGUUGCCGACAGCGACAAAAAUGGCCUUCCUGAAGUCGAAAAGUUUACCCAAGGCCCGGAAAUAAGAAAUGUCAUACGAACAAUAGAGAAACGUCUUCGAAUCAACGGAACAAUAUCCCUGACAUUCGAAGACGUAGAUGUGAUAAGACGACUUUGUGCUUUUGGAAUAAUGAACCACGAAGAUGAUAGCUGGUGUGCUUUACUCGACAGUGCAAGCUUAGAUGUUAUGAAUUAUGUCGGAGAUUUGAAAAACUUCUACGAACACUCGUUUGGGAACGAGCUCGGCUAUGAAAUAAUUUGCGUUCUUUUGGCAGACAUUAUCGAAAACCUCGAGGACUUUUCGAAGGGAUCUAGUGAAGCUCGUGGAGUUUUUAGAUUCGCUUCCUCGGGAACAAUGUUUGCUCUCUUGACUGCGUUGGGGGCAUAUGACAAUGGCACAACUUUGAGCGCUUCCAAUUUUCGCCCGAACAGUAGUCGGCGGUUCCCGUCACGUCUCGUACCAAUGUCGGCUAAUAUCGCCUUGGUAUUGUUCAAGUGUAAUCUGAGAGGAAAACAGAACGAAACACAGAAUUACAAGGUGCAAAUUUUGAUCAACGAGAAACCCAUGGCUUUACCGUGUUGUCAAGGAAAUAUCACGUGUAGCUUUGAAGAAUUCCAGGCUUAUUUUAAACACACUGUCGACAAUUGCGACUUCGAUGCGAUGUGCGCCCUACGAAAAGAUAAAUCGACUACAACGAAAGCGUUGGGAUUGGUAAACCGACCAGGACUCUUCCUGGUGAUGAUGGAAAUGUUUUUUGCAACAUUUAAGAUGUUAAACAUCUAA